AUGCCGAUUUUGUUUGCCAGGAUCAUAUGCAUGCACACGAGCGCGAAUAUCCAUCAUGAUCUUGUGCGCGAUAUUUUGUCGACGCCAAUCGGGAAGCCCGUCAACAGUCGACUACAUCAAUUACAAGCCGCCGAAAUGGGAAAUCAUGUGUCCACACCCGGACCUAUUAAGGAUCUUAUCAAUAAAUUUGACCAACUCGAAUUGUGCAGCUCGAGCAAAUCGGAGAAGGAAGGAAUUGAGAAUGAGAUCCAGCCACAUAGUUUUGUCAUCAAUCAGCAACCCGACUUUGAUGAUGACUUGACAAAGAAGCCGCCUGUCGUCGAAGAGCACAUCGACAAAGAGAUUAUCAAUGAGAAAAAGUCGCUCGACUCGGUCGAUAGCGAUGCACAUUCGGAGGCUCUGAAAGUUUCGCUUGAUGCUGAGAGCGAUAGCGGAAUAUCGGGAUCGGCGAAUUUUUCGCCGGAUGCUUCUUCGAAAAAAGUUGACUCGAAAACCGUCGAAGUUUUACCAACGAGCGGCGAAGAAUUCAGAGAAUUGCACGAUCGCGUUAAGGAGGAAUUGCAGAAGAAGAUGGAUGAAGCAUCGGUCGAUCUCGAGAAUGUUGAGAAGCUCCCGGAGAAGUGUGCCGAUUCUCUUCGAGCGGCUCAUGGAAACGCACAUCUUCUCGUUCGAAAAAAAUUUGGAGUUUUCAGCGGCUUAAUUGAGAAGAACUUGAAUCCUGUUGAUGAUGAUCCGAAACCGGUGAACUUCACCGAUUUGGAAGCAUUUUGGGUGACGAUUGAUAUGGAAUUGGCUGGAAUUCGGAAAGAAUUUGAAAAAGUCGAGAAAUAUCGUGCGGCCGGUUGGGACGAAAACGCGGUUACCGAAGAGGAAGAACCAAAAAAGGAGGUUGUUGCUCAGAAGGCGAGAGCUGGACCAGCGGUACCGAAGAAAGUUUCGACGGUGUCGGCUGAAACGAAGGAGAAGCUCGAGAAACAGAGAGCUGCUGCUGAGCAACGUCGGCAGGAAAUGCGUGCUCAAAUGAAGAAGAAAAUGAUGGAAAUGAAGCAGGAAAAGCAGGAAAUUGAGCAGAGCUGA